AUGACUAACGAGAUUGAAGAUCAUAUUUUGCGUAAGUAUGAGAUUCAAACGCAACUCGGAAAAGGUGCAUAUGGGAUUGUUUGGCGGGCCGUCGAGCGUAGCACAAACCGAAUUGUCGCAGUAAAGAAAAUUUUCGAUGCCUUUCAAAACUCAACUGAUGCGCAGCGAACUUUUCGAGAGGUUAUGUUUUUGCAUCACUUACGUCAUCCCAACAUCAUUAAGCUUCUUCAUGUACAUCGUGCAUUCAAUGAUCGCGAUAUUUAUGUAGUCUUUGAGUAUAUGGAAACCGACUUACACAUUGUUAUCAAGGCGAAUAUCCUGGCCGACAUUCAUCGUCAGUUUAUUGUCUAUCAGCUUCUCAAGACAAUGAAGUACCUACACUCGGCCGAGAUUUUGCAUCGCGAUAUGAAGCCCAGCAACCUGCUUCUCAAUAGCGACUGCACCAUGAAGGUGGCGGAUUUCGGCCUCGCACGGUCGAUCCUCUCUCUGGAGAAAGAACAGCUCGCGCGUCCUUCCCUGACCGACUACAUCGCGACGCGGUGGUACCGUCCGCCCGAGAUUCUGCUAGGGAGCACGGCCUACACCAAAGGGGUGGAUAUGUGGUCGGUGGGGUGCAUCAUAGGAGAGCUGAUCCUCGGCAAACCUAUCUUCCCCGGCCGCUCCACCACCCACCAGCUGGAGCUCAUCCUCAGUGUGACGGGGAACCCCUCACCGACGGACGUGGCCGCGACGAACUCGCAGUUCGCCGAGGUCAUGCUGCGUGACAUCCCGCGCGGGCCCCCGCGGAGUUUCGCCGAACUCCUCCCCGGAGCCUCCCCAGAUGCCCUGGACCUCGUCCAGCGACUCAUCUGUUUCAACCUCAACGAGCGUGUCACCGCGGCACAGGCGCUGGAGCACCCCUACGUUGCCCCUUUUCACUGCCCAAAGGAGGAAAUCGCGGCGGCGGAGCCGAUCAUCAUCUCCCUCCCCGACGACACCCGCUUCACCUUGCAGGAGUACCGAGAGAAGCUCUAUGAGGAGAUCGCGCGGAUGCGACGCGGUGCGCGGCGGGAGGCAGCUGGGGGAGGGGAUCGGGGGGGGAGGGCCCCAGCCCCCACCGUCUCAGCCCCGUCGAAUCGACGCGUGGUGUCGGCUGGGGGGCGCCCCGCGGGCACGCGCUCAACGACCUCGACUAACAGCAGCCCAACUGCCGCUUGCGGCGUCGCUUCACGGCAGCGGGGGGUGCGCCCAGCCCGCCCCAUCCCAUCACCCCCCUCCAACAGCGAUAUAAAGGGUCGACGAGUGCUGGCUAGUAAAUAG